AUGCCCCAACAAACAAAACUACCAGUCGGAGUCGUGAUCCCCGCAGCAGGGAGGGGCACACGCGCAGGACAGGGCGCGCAAAAAGCAUACCGCCGCAUAAUGGGCGACACAGUGAUCAACCGCACCGUGAAACUAUUCCGCACCUGGAAUCCAGAUUGUCCCAUCGUGAUCGUCCACCACCUAGACGACACAUCUCUCCUCGAAGCCUGCAUCGACCGCGACGAAAACAUCCAUUCCACAACCGGAGGCGCAGAGCGCGGCGCCUCCGUCCUAGAAGGUCUUCGCUUCCUAUCAACACUACCCGAAGCUCCAUCACACGUCUUCAUCCACGACGCCGCACGUCCAUUCGCCUCGCACAGAUUACUCGAUGCUGUCCUGGACUCUAUCCUCCACGACCCGUCCGUCGGCGUCAUCCCCGGCCUUGCUGUCGCUGACACCCUCAAAAAAGCAGACGCGAAUGGCUUCAUUACAGACACCGUGCCUAGAGACGGCCUCUUCCGUGCCCAGACGCCCCAGGCUUUCGAGCUAAGGGUUAUCCUGGAUCUGCACGAGCAGGCUGCGGCCGCGGCUAUGAAUUACACGGACGAUGCAUCGCUUUUCGAGAAAAUGGGCUUGCCUGUUCGAAUCGUGCCCGGCGAAUCUGAAAAUGUUAAAUUAACCUACAGCGCUGACUUCGACGAGGCGGAACGCUUCCUGAAAGCCAACGAUCUAAGCCAGAGCCAGAGUCACCUGGCUAGCACCGCGUCUCUCCCAGACGUCCGCGUCGGUCACGGUUACGACACACAUUCGCUCGUCCCAGGCACCGAGAUCACCCUAUGCGGCGUCAAGAUCGCGCACAGCGCAACGCUGCUGGGCCACUCGGAUGCUGAUGUCGGUCUGCACGCGCUGACGAACGCGUUCCUGGGUACGAUUGCGGCGGAGGAUAUUGGGAGCCAUUUUUCGGAUAAGGAUCCGCGGUGGAAGGGCGCGUCUUCGGAUAUGUUUUUGCGCCAUGCUGCGGGCCUGGUUAGGGCUGCUGGUGGUACGAUUACGCAUUGUGAUGUGAGCUUUGUUUGUGAGCGGCCAAGGAUUAGUGUGCAUCGGGAUGCGAUGCGGGAUGCUGUGGCGGGUAUUGUCGGGUUGGAUCGGGGGAGGGUCUCUGUUAAGGCGGGGACUAAUGAGAAGAAUGGGUUUGUUGGGCGCGAGGAGGGGAUUGUGGCUUUUGCGACGGCUACGGUGGUUUUUCCGUGUUUUGUUUGA